CAGUUUUUUUAAGAACUAAAGUGUCUUCAGCAAUUUGGAUGAAAAAAUAUGGAUUAACUCCACACUAUGAUUCACAAAUGCUCAAUUUAAAACCGUAAAUAUCUAUUGCUAAGACAGACACAGUCUUCUUGAGGGACUUCCUAGGGCCCCUCACGCUGUGUUUGGGUUGAGUGUGAGUUUCCCCUCCCCCUGGGCGAGUGUCACUCUCUCAAAACAACAGGAGCGCACAGGCACGUUCAGUUGAGGCGUCCAGGUCUCCACACAGCAGAUGUGAUGGAACUGAUGUUCGCUGAGUGGGAAGAUGGAGAGAGGUUCUCCUUUGAAGAUUCAGACCGUUUUGAGGAGGACUCCCUGUGCUCAUUCAUAUCAGAGGCGGAAAGUCUCUGCCAGAACUGGAGAGGAUGGAGGAAACAGUCUGCCGGCCCAAAUUCCCCCACUGUGAAGAUUAAAGAUGGCCAAGUCAUCCCCCUGGUGGAGCUGUCGGCCAAACAGGUUGCCUUCCAUAUUCCAUUCGAGGUGGUGGAAAAGGUUUAUCCUCCCGUUCCUGAACAGCUGCAAUUGCGAAUCGCCUACUGGAGCUUCCCAGAAAAUGAAGAAGACAUCAGAUUAUAUUCCUGUUUGGCCAACGGCAGCCCUGAUGAGUUUCAGCGUGGUGAGCAGCUCUAUAGGGUGAGGGCUGUGAAAGACCCUUUGCAAAUAGGUUUCCACCUCAGUGCCACAGUAGUGUCGCCUCAGGCCGGCCAAUCAAAAGGAGCCUACAAUGUGGCUGUAAUGUUUGACCGCUGCCGCAUCACUUCCUGCAGCUGUACCUGUGGAGCAGGAGCCAAAUGGUGUGCCCAUGUCGUGGCCCUCUGCCUCUUCAGGAUUCACAAUGCUUCUGCCGUGUGUCUUCGAGCACCUGUGUCUGAGUCCCUGUCCAGAUUACAACGGGAUCAACUCCAGAAGUUUGCACAAUACCUCAUCAGUGAACUUCCACAGCAGAUCUUGCCGACUGCUCAGCGUCUUUUGGAUGAGCUUCUAUCCUCCCAGUCUACCGCUAUUAACACCGUGUGUGGAGCCCCAGAUCCUACUGCUGGCCCUUCAGCCUCUGACCAGAGCACCUGGUAUUUAGAUGAGUCCACCCUCAGUGACAACAUAAAGAAGACCCUGCACAAAUUCUGUGGCCCUUCACCUGUUGUGUUUAGUGAUGUGAACUCCAUGUACCUGUCGUCCACUGAGCCUCCGGCAGCUGCUGAAUGGGCUUGUCUGCUGAGGCCCCUGCGAGGCAGAGAGCCAGAGGGCAUCUGGAAUCUUUUGUCCAUCGUCAGAGAGAUGUUUAAGAGGCGAGACAGUAACGCUGCACCUCUGUUAGAAAUCCUCACCGAACAGUGUCUCACCCACGAACAGAUUAUUGGCUGGUGGUAUAGUGUAAGAACAUCAGCCUCUCACAGCAGUGCCAGCGGGCACACAGGUCGCAGUAAUGGGCAGACAGAAGUCGCAGCACAUGCAUGUGCCAGUAUGUGUGAUGAAAUGGUUGUCUUGUGGAGGCUGGCAGUGCUAGACCCAACCAUGAGUCCCCAAAGGCGUUUGGAACUUGCUGCCCAACUAAAGCAGUGGCACCUGAAGGUGAUCGAGAUUGUGAAACGGGGGCAGCACCGCAAAUCUCUCGACAAACUCUUCCAAGGCUUCAAACCAGCUGUGGAGUGUUGCUACUUCAACUGGGAAGUGGCGUACCCUUUACCUGGCAUCACAUAUUGCAACGCAGAUAAGAAAAACGUUUCAUUUUGUUGGGCCAGGGCCAUGCAGCAGCAGCGGGGCUUGAAAGCCAUAAACAGCAGCGAAGCAGGAGAAGGAGCUCGCAGUGGGACAUCAGAAGGCAAUUCCUUAGAGCACAAAUCACGGAGCAACUCCCAUCUUCCCCAGCAGGAGGUGGCCGUGCGCCCCAAGGAGACCAUUGUGAGCAAGAGGAAAGUUGUGUCGAAUGUGAACAGUGGGAGUGUGCUGGUUUGUCUGGGCAGCAGAGUUCCUCUCUCACUUCCUGAUGGAAGUAAAAGCAUGUAUAAAACUACUAACUCUUCCCCAUCAGCUGGUACUAAAGCCAAGUUAACACAAAGCAGCAAGGGCUCAUGUGGAAGUUCGAGUGGCGUCAGCGGGAAGCAUCCCAGUGCUAAGCGGCGAACCAGCAGUGAAGACAGUUCUUUAGAGCCUGACAUGGCAGAACUGAAUCUGGAUGAUGGCUCCAGCAUGGCACUUGGAGCAGAGGCCUGCAACACCUUUGAUUUUCUUCCUCCUCCUCCUGAGAUGUUGCCCUCACCGAGCACGCUGCUCCAAAAGCCACUAAAGUACAGCAGUAAUUCAAAAGAGCGUGCCUUCGAGACGAAACGUGUGCCACAUGCAGCUGAUGCCCAUGCCUGCUUUUCAAAGGAGAGCUCUAUUGCAGCCCCGGUAGUGGCUGCUAUGGAGAAAGAGGUGGAAGUGGAGGCAGACCUGGAUGAGAAUGGAGGAGAUGAGGAUGUUAUAGAUGAUGCUGGGCCUUCUGAUUCGCUUCCCAGUAAGGCUCAGCGUGGCCACGGAGAGGGAGAUGGAGCCGGGGCUUCAGGCGCCCCUGGGCCACAGGUGGCUGAAGCUGCAGCAGGUGCAGAUGCUGUGGGUGAAGAUGACUAUCAAGCGUAUUACCUCAGUGCUGCUUCAGAAGAGGGAGCGGAAAGAGGUGUUGCAGACAGCAAUCAUGAGGAAGAGCCAGACAUAUUUGCUGGGAUUAAACCUCUGGAGCAAGAAGGCAGGAUGGAGGUUCUGUUUGCCUGUGCAGAGGCUCUCUAUGCUCACGGCUACAGUAAUGAAGCAUGUCGACUAGCUGUCGAUCUUGCUCGAGAUCUGCUGGCUAACCCUCCUGAUCUGAAGGUGGAGCAGCCACAGACAAAGGGUAAAAAGAGUAAGGUGUCGACCACUAAACAGACACAGGUGGCCACCAACACCCUGUCUAAAGUAGCCUUCCUGCUGACAGUAUUGAGUGAGAGGCUGGAGCUCCAUAACCUGGCCUUCAACACUGGCAUGUUCUCCCUGGAGCUGCAGAGGCCGCCAGCUUCUACUAAAGCUCUGGAGGUGAAGCUUGCAUAUCAGGAGUCAGAGGUAGUGGCUCUGCUGAAGAAGAUUCCUCUGGGUAUUGUAGAAAUGACUUCCAUAAGGGACCGAGCAGAACAGCUCCGUGAUGGAAACUUCUGCGACUAUCGGCCUGUUCUUCCCCUCAUGCUGGCAAGCUUCAUAUUUGAUGUGCUCUGCACCCCUGUGGUCUCUCCCACGGGUUCUCGGCCUCCAAGCCGGAACCGAAACAAUGAAAUGCCUGGUGACGAGGAGCUGGGUUUUGAGGCAGCUGUAGCAGCACUUGGUAUGAAGACAACAGUCAGCGAGGCAGAACAUCCUCUGUUAUGUGAAGGCACAAGGAGAGAGAAAGGAGACCUGGCUUUAGCCCUGAUGAUUACCUAUAAAGAUGACCAAAGCAAGCUUAAAAAGAUUCUGGACAAGCUGCUUGACCGUGAGAGCCAGACCCAUAAGCCGCAGACUCUGAGCUCGUUUUACUCUAGCAAACCGGCCACCAGCAGCCAGAAGAGCCCUUCCAAGCACGCCACCCACGGUGCCAGCGGAGCCACUGGGGGAGUGUCAAAGCACACCCCUACAGCAACAUCAACUGCUGUGCAGGGCAUGACCAGCGGGGGAGCUGCGGGCCAGCAGGGAGGUUUAGCUGGAGGUGUUCAGAGCACAGCCUCAGGAGAGAGUAUCUCUGACAACAGAGAUCAAGAAGGUGCGCAGUCGACCUCCUGUGAUCAGCAGAGUGAAGCUGCACCGUUCAAACCUGAGGGCACUGUGCCUAGUCGUCUGGCACUGGGGGGCCGUGGGGCAUAUGGCACCCGUUGCUGGGGGUCACCUGUGCGGCAGAAAAAGAAACACACUGGUAUGGCAAGCAUAGACAGCAGUGCUCCAGAGACCACCUCAGACAGCUCUCCUACUCUCAGCCGACGACCUAUUCGAGGAGGUUGGACCGCUACUUCCUGGGGGAGAGGUCAGGACAGCGACAGCAUUAGCAGCUCUUCCUCUGAUUCACUAGGCUCUUCAUCAUCCAGUGGCUCACGCAGAGCUGGAGGAGGAGCCAGAGCAAAGAGUACUGACACCAGCAGGUAUAAAGGCCGUCGGCCCGAAUGCCAUGCUCCACACGUACCAAACCAGCCGUCUGAGGCAGCUGCCCAUUUUUACUUUGAGCUGGCCAAGACUGUGCUGAUUAAAGCUGGUGGAAACAGCUCCACCUCUAUUUUCACUCAGCCCUCUGCCAGCGGAGGCCACCAGGGGCCACACCGCAACCUACAUCUGUGUGCCUUUGAGAUCGGCCUGUAUGCCCUUGGCCUGCAUAAUUUUGUGUCUCCUAAUUGGCUAUCAAGAACGUAUUCCUCACACGUAUCCUGGAUUACAGGCCAGGCUAUGGAGAUUGGGAGUGCUGCUCUCAACAUCCUGGUGGAAUGCUGGGACGGGCACCUUACUCCUCCAGAGGUAGCAUCAUUGGCAGAUCGUGCGUCGCGUGCACGUGAUCCUAACAUGGUGCGAGCUGCGGCAGAGCUGGCCUUGAGCUGCCUGCCUCAUGCUCAUGCCUUGAACCCCAAUGAGAUUCAGAGAGCCCUGGUGCAGUGCAAGGAGCAGGACAAUGUAAUGCUGGAGAAAGCAUGCAUGGCCGUUGAGGAGGCUGCAAAAGGAGGUGGUGUUUAUCCAGAGGUCCUAUUCGAGGUGGCUCAUCAGUGGUAUUGGCUUUAUGAACAAACCGUUGGCGGUGGUUCGGGAUCUCAGCGAGAAGGUUCCGGACGCUGCGGGGCCAAUGGUGGAGCUGGGAGAACGCCACCGGAAGGAGGCUGUGGUAUUCUGGAUAAUACCGGAGCUUUGGAUUCAUCAGGUGUCUCUGCUGUAACUACAACAGUGACCGCAGCCGCGGUAGUACCUGUCAUUUCUGUCGGCUCCACCAUCUACCAAUCUCAUGCGCUGCCAGGCUCCGCCAUGGCGCACACGCAAGGCCUGCAUCCCUACACUACCAUCCAAACACAUCUGCCCACCGUCUGCACCCCACAGUACCUAGGCCACCCGCUUCAACACGUCCCCCGUCCUGCUGUCUUCCCUGUGUCUGGGGCGGCCUACCCACAAGGAAUGCACCCUGCCUUCAUUGGUGCUCAGUACCCGUUCUCUGUGGCCACUGGCCCACAUCCUCCUUUGGCAGCUACUGCUGUCACUUUCCCUGGUGUUCCAGUGCCGUCCAUGACUCAGAUCGCGGUUCACCCAUACCACACCGCAGAGGCAGCGCUUCCACUCACCACUACUGUGGCUGGAGGAGUACACGCCGGUGCCGCCAUCCAGGCCAUUCAAGGGGCUUCUCUUCCAGGACUCUCGUCUCAGCCUCCCUCACUGGUCAGCGCACCCUUCCCUGUGGAAGACGAGCAGCACAGCCAGCCGAUCAGCCAGCAGGGCCUGCACUACCUCCACUCGGCCUACAGAGUCGGGAUGCUGGCUUUGGAGAUGUUGGGAAGAAGGGCCCACAACGAUCACCCAAACAACUUUUCCCGAAGUCCCCCAUACACAGAAGACGUCAAAUGGCUGUUGGGCUUGGCUGCACGUCUUGGUGUGAACCAUGUCUACCAGUUUUGCGUGGGGGCAGCGAAAGGUGUUCUUAGUCCGUUUGUCCUGCAGGAGAUCAUUAUGGAGGCCCUGCAGAGGUUAAACCCUGCUCAUAUCCACGCACACCUCCGCACUCCUGCCUUCCACCAGCUCGUGCAGCGCUGCCAGCAGGCCUACUUACAGUACAUCCACCACAGGCUGAUCCAUCUGACCCCCGCAGACUACGACGACUUUGUGAACAUCAUCAGAAGUGCCCGCGGGGCGUUUUGUCUGACUCCAGUUGGCAUGAUGCAGUUCAACGAUGUGCUGCAGAACCUAAAGAGGGGCAAACAGACUAAAGAACUCUGGCAGCGGAUCUCACUGGAAAUGGCCACCUUUUCACCCUGACUGGUCUUCAGCCCAACGGGGAUGAGAGGCACUCAAUCUCCCCCAAAGCCAGAACACUAACACGCAGCUCAAUCUCCCUUCUCCUUCACAGGAAGUGCAGCCUUGUGGACUUCCUGUAUAAAUCCACUCACAUGACCCCCAACGUAGUAGUCAUGAGAAAGUGGAACAGAUUUUGGGUCGAGUGGGUCCCUCCAGUGUUGUGUCUGAUCUUUUCUUGUUUGUUUUUUUGAGUUCUCUUGUUUUGGUGUGUUCAGUCGAGUAACUUAAUGGCUAUCUAUGUUUUAUCUAUGUGUCCUACCAUCUUCCAUUCACCGUUUUCUAUGCUUUUCGAUCCCCCGAGUUCAUUUAGUUGGUUGAUAACGGGACGGGGGUCUUGGUUCACGUUUGAAGAAAACCACUAAACGUCAGACUCAUACUGCAACAUUCCUCUACCCUGGAGAACAGAGCUUCCACCUGUUGUUAAGGAAUUCAGCGUUGGACGGUGGACGGCGGUGUAAAAAAAGAAUAAAAAAUGAAACUUUGCUAAAAGAAACCUUUAUUAUGAAACAAUAAUCAGUACGGGUGAGGAUUCUUCAAUGUUUUUGUUUUAUUUUUUUGUUUGUUUUUAAUAUUUUGUAUAGUGUGGUGUGUCUGCAGCGACCAGGAUGAGGAAUGCUAGAAUGUUCUUGCUGACCUGCUCUGUGAGUUUUGUUUUUUCGUUCUGGUUGGAUGUUGGUGGCUUGAGUGCUGGAACAGAGAAGUCUGGCUGGACCAGAUUACAUUGCUUUAAUCCGAAACAAUUCGAGCUUCCUGUCAUUUAAAUUGGGUUCUUUUAUAUCACAAAUCCAGCUAUUGGAAAGUCAUUUACAAUUCUGUUAGAACAGGCUUCGCAAUUUCAACAUUUACUCCAACCACGCAAAUCUAGUUUUGUUCUCAGUUGAAAACCGUCAGCCUAGCGUAGUUAAGUGUUUAAUAAACGUCACUGCCAGAUUCCCAUGUUUCCAGCGUCGGCCCCAGCUUUGAAACUCACUAGUGGAGAGUGACUGCGUAGAAAAUGUACUGUGAUAUUUUUGUAUUCUUCAAGUGUAGCUUGGUUGGAAAAAAAAACAAAAAAAAUCUAUAUAAAUACAUAUAUAUAAACUGUGCUGAUUGCAUUCUGAUGUAAUCUAGAAUAAAUGGGGAAAAGAGAAAAAAAAUUGGAACAAAGCAAUAUUAAAAAUGUAGAGUUUACUUAAUAAAGAUAAAUCAAAACACUA